AUGCGGUCUCAGGUGACAUCUAGUCGAUCUAAGAAAAGCCCUGCAAUACCAAGACCUGUCAAACCAAAGCCUAAGCCUCAACCCGAGCAACUUGUUAAUCGACCAUCGUCACCUGUCCCUGUACUUGAAGUAGCUGCCGUUGUGUUCAAAAACAAUCAAGCUAUCAUUGACAUGAAAAUUAAAUCAACUGAGUCUGAUAAUACUACUGAUGACGAUAGAAAAGAUAAUGAUGAUGAUAUUAUCUAUCCAGCAGGUAUCACUGAUCGUCGUCCAUAUAAAACUGUUGCUAAAUAUCGACGGAUGGUGGGAAAAUCGACCGAUUUUAAUGCCCAACCUCUUUGCAUUGGUGAAGAUGAAAUAGAAACAACUGUUCUCGGUUUAAAUAGUUUUUCUGAAAAACACGGUUGCAAUUUGAUAUUCACCGACGAAGAACAUCGAUUGGACAAUAGUAUCUAUCGUACUGCUUGUGGUGUAGCCGAUUUAGGAAGUAUUCAUCUUUUGGCGACUGAUGCGGUUCAAACGGCAACUUUUUGCUUCAUCAUGGAUUUCGAUUUUAACAGUGAAUUUCAACAAUCGAAAAAGAAAGUGGACACAUUCGUCAUGGAUUUUAGUCAAGCGGUAUCAACAAUUCUAUCAUGUAAUACAAACAGUAUUCGGGUAUUUUCAAUCAGUAAAAUGGAAAAAGAGAAGAAGAAGAGUGAAGUAAAGUUUGGAGUAACAUCGCCAGAACCUAGCAAGACUGAACAACUUGCGAAGCUAUUAAAAACUCAUGCUCUGGCAGGUUUUAGUGGUGAUAAAAUUCUUGGUCGUGUUAUUGCUCGUGAUUAUGACUAUACAUGGAAACCAGCAUUACAGGCAUUAAAAUUGCACAUAAAUGACCUUGCUCCUGAGUAUAACUACGAUUAUAGACCGUCCUAUGUACCUGACACACUUCAACGUGGAGGUCAUACAUACUUCUUACCUCGUGGUUGGUAUCGUCAUGCUCUUAGCGUUCUACACAAGUAUGAAAAGGAUCCAAAGUGGCUCGGUCAAUCCAAUACGGAAGGUGAAUGGCCAGUUGCCUAUCAUGGAACAAAGUCUUGGGCAGUUGCAAGUAUUGUUCAACAAGGUUUAAUGACUGGUGCUGUUAAAGUUGAUGUGAUGCGCCCAGAAGCCAUUCAACAGAUGGGAGAAGAAGCAAAUAGUCCUGAUUUAAUUUUAAGUGUUUCAUUUUCUUACUCAACACGCUUUUAA